AUGCCGCCUGGCCGUUUGGAGGCUGAAAAUCCGAGGUUUAGAGAGAUUAAGACGUUUGCCCAGGAUCCAGGCCAGCGGCCAGCUCCUCGCUCUGCCAUCGCCAUCGCCAUCGCCAUCGCCAUCGCCAAGAGGUGGGACCGAUCUUCCUGCGAACCUGGGGGGGCGCGCGCCGCUCCCCGCAUCCCCCCACUCUGCCCCGCUCACCAAAUCCCGGGUGCCCCCUGCCCGGCCGGGCUCCCCCGCUCCCCCGCUCCCCAUCGCCCCCCACUCGCCCACUCCCGCGGCCCCCCCCCGGGCCCCGCACCGCGCACCCCGGGCCCCGCAUGGCCCGGCCUGGGGGCGCUGCUCAGCUUCGCGCUGCUGGCGGCCGCCGUGGCCAGCGACUACCGGUGCGUCCUGGAGGUGGCGGACGCCGGCAACCGCACGGGGCGCGCCGCGCGGCUGUCCUCGCACUGGGGGCUCUGGCGCGUCUGCGAAGGGCAGAACAGCUGCAUCCCCUUGAUCGACCCCUUUGCCAGCGAGAGCCUGGAUGCCUCCGCCUCAGAGCGGCACCUCAUCUCCCUGCACCGAGCUGUCAUGGUGGUCCUGCCCCUGAGCCUCGUGCUUGUCGUGUGCGGCUGGGUCUGCGGCCUCUUCAGUUCCCUGGUACAGAGCACCCUCCUGCUCCUCUUCACCGGCUGCUACUUCUUGCUGGGGGGUGCCCUGACCCUGGCGGGGGCCAGCAUCUACAUCCGCUACUCGCACCUGGCCUUCGCCGAGACCGCGUGCCAGUACGGCCCCGGCAUGUGCAGGACCGUAGCCUGGGGCUCCUGCGCCUCCGAGGCUCUCAGCGGCGUCCUGCUGCUCACCGCGGGAGCCCUCAGCCUGAGCCGGCAGCCGGGGGCCCCACUCUGUGGUCAUCUGAGCCUGGUGGGGCUGCUGCUUCCGGUGGGCUGGUACUCCGGGACCCCAGACCUCCCAUCUGCAGCUCCCCGCGGAUGUCUGGGCGCCCUGAGCAAGCGCAUGUGCACGUCCGGGUGA